AUGACGUGUCGCCCCCCCUGCCGAUUCAUUUUCUGCUGGCUCUGCGGCAAGGGCACGGGGUCCCACACCCACUGCAACAAAUACGGCGGCGCCGCCGCCGUCGAUGAAAACAACGCGAAGAGAGAGAAGGCGAGGAAGGAUCUGCGGAGAUACACGCAUUACUACGAGCGGUGGCACGCCAACGAGCAGUCGAGGAAGGCGGCCGUGAAGGAUCUGAAGACGUGGAGAGACGACGACGGCAUCUCUAAGCUCGGCGAGGCGCAAGGGGAGGCGCCGGCGCAGCUGCAGUUCGUGACGAAGGCGUGGGAGCAGAUUGUGGAGUGCCGGCGCGUGCUGAAAUGGAGCUACGCCUAUGGUUACUACAUGGAGAGGGAGGCGCCGGAGAAGGUGGCGUUGUUCGAGCAUUCGCAGGGGGAGGCGGAGAAGCAGCUGGAGCGGCUGCACCACUGCGUGGAGAAGGAGAUGGGGGUGUACCUCCGGCGACGGAGGGAGGAUUUCAAGGAAUUUAGGGUUAGGGUUGUUGAUCUAACUGUGGUGACCGGGAAUUAUUUUGAGAAUUUGGUGAGGGAUUUGGAGAAUAAUCGACCGGAAGUUGUGGGUGGCGGCGGCGGCCGGAAUGGUUUGGAGGAGAAGAAGGAUGACGAUGAGAGGAAGGAUUUGGGGAAGAAGAGAAAGAAGAAGAAGGAUGAUGAUGAGAGUUAUGUUCCUAGGAAAAGAGCAACUUAUGCUUCUAGGUAUUCUCGUAAUUAA